GGUCAUCUCGUUCCUCUCCUCGUCAAUGGGACCAUGUUGCACUUGGAUUCUAUAUAGAAACCAACCAUCUGUGUCGUGAUAUAGUAUCAUCUAGUUUCAAGCACGACCAAAAGUGAAGGAUACACCAGCAGCAGAGUGCGUGUGUGCGUGUUGAGCAAGUGGACCCAGAGAAGUUUUCCGUCAUGGGAGCGCGUGGAUGGAGCUCGGCGCGUCUUGGCUUCGUGGUUUGUGGAUAUUUGGCGUUUUUCUGCGCGGAGGUUAUUCCACGGGCUGAGGCGGGCUGCGGGGAGAGGGAGAGCCCGAACUGCUGCACCGGCCGGAAUAACGACUGCUCCGAGUACAGCAAGAGGAAAACUGUGUGCUACUGUGACACCUACUGUCAGAAGACCGGAGACUGCUGCGAGGACUACCAGCGGGUGUGCCAAAUAUCUGCAGCCAUUGACUGUGUGGUGGGAUCAUGGGGUCCCUGGUCAUCAUGCACGUCUCCGUGUGGAGUCGGCAGCACAGAGAGGAGUCGCCAGGUUUCUGUUCCCCCCAGAAACGGAGGCACGCCCUGUCCAGACCUCAAGCAGCGUCGAGGAUGCUUCGGGAACAACGCCAUAUGCAGCACUGCCAAAGAGGUGGCAAAGAUCCUGCCUGAUUCUUUCAAGAGGAACUUCAAAGACCCGUGGAGACGACCACACAUGCUGAUGAAGGAGGAGAAGGCCAGUUACUGUGUGUACCUGCGGGUGAAACAGACCAGUGCAGCAUGUAAACUCAAACUGUGGAGUGCUCAGCUGGUGAGAGAGAGGCUGAUCUGCGCUGAGUGUCAGAGCGAUGCCAUGUCCAAGUCGGACCGCUGCGGAGGUGACGGCCGGGAGAGCACCAGAACGUUCUGGGCAGCAGCUUCAGUCCCAGGAUGUCACGGCUCCUGGGUCCGGGAGUCGUCUUCAGAGGGCUGCCGCUGUCCUCCCUACUCCGUGCUCUUUGUGUGAGCCGAGGUUCGAACCCCGGACAUCCGUGUGCAGGGACGACAUUCCCCUCGACGCCUCCUGCUCACUGUGGAGCGCCCUGCCAGCCAAGCCACACCCCUCCAAUCCAGGUCCCUGGAUGGGUAACUCAAGGAGAUCAACAGCAUCCUGCCACUUUUUUGUCUUUUUCACCUCAUACUCUGUACUGUAUAAACUAUUACUAUAAGCACACAGAAAUCAUUUUGCAUUUAACUUCAGAUUUCACCGCCACAUUAUGUACUUUUUCUCCUAUAAAGCACAGCAACAUCUAAAUACCUUUUUACCUCUCAAUCUUUGCUA